UACGCGUUACGACUCCCGAGUUGUUGGAAGGUAACGAGCUAACGCGAACCCGAACCCGAACCCGAACCCGAACCCGACGCAUUCUCUUCUUCUCCUCUUUAGUCUUUAGUCUUUAGUCUUUAGAACCGGUAUCCCCUGCUUCGCGGUACGAUCCCUCCACUAUUUCUACCUUUUAUUUACGAUGCGAUUAUUCUUUCAGCUCUUAACGUUGUUUCGAGCGAUACAAAUCGACACCGUCCCGUACGUUUCUUUCUAAAAGUACGUAUUCGGUGCUUCGGUAUAAGAGUUGCCUCUGUAUCGAUUAAUAGAUCUUUCGAAAAAGUCACCGGUUAGAUUCGCAUUAAAUAAGCAGAAAAAUGUAGAACGAUCUUGCUACGCCAAACUAUUUAUCACUCGACGCUGAUCCGGCUUAAAAUAACCGGAAUAAAUCACAAGGUUUCUAUAUCGCGUAAACAGAUGUAACCGUUUUUCGAGCGUGUACGAUUCACGGAACAUCGAUAACUUGGUAGCUGAUUGCCGAUUAUUCUACGUUCGCUGAUUUAGCCACGUAACUUGACUGCCAUCGCGGCUAUAUAGAACGUUCACUGGAAGAUAAACAAUGACCUCGUUUCGUUUUACGUAAUAACGAAAUUAACGUACAUCUCGGUGACGGUAGCGAAACCGUGGGAUUAGCAAAACGAAUCGGUCGUGACUGACGGAGAUGAUCGUAAUUGCUGUUUCGCGCGCGCAUCGUACUAUCGUAAAAGCAUCGGUACCGUCGGCGUCCUCGUCUCGGUGUUAAGGUACAGGUGUUUGCGUAACAAAGAUCGAAGAAGGUGUGCUGCGCGAUUUUCAAUCGCAGCGUUCCGUUCAAUCGAUAUGCAAACGAUGGAAACGACGUUUCGCGGUUUGUUCUAUGAAACGAAGAAGAUAGGAUAGAUUUCAAUUAAUUCGCAUCGUCUUGACCGACAUUAAACGAGAACGUUUUGUCCGGAAGUGGUAAAACACAGACACACGUGGAGGAUAGAUAGAGCGGCGUGUAUGUAUGUACGCGUCGGUAUGCGCGGAGGCUACGCGUAUAGUUGCGAUAGGAUCGUCUAUUGUCGGUUUAUAACCGAGAUAGAGAGAGAGAGAGGAAGAGGUAGAGGGAGAGAGAGUGAGAGCGGUGAGUGAACCCAAACGAUCCUCGUGGAGAGUAAUUAGCGGUCGUCGUCGGUGGGGCGGCAUCGUUGCCGACCUCCAAGUGUCGUUAACGAGCGGUUUAAAUGGUCGUUCUCUUACAAGAGAAUGGGAAAUCGAUGCUCGAUCGAUUUAUCUCGAUUGCCACUAGUUAGUUCCCCUGACUUUCUUCCGGCGUUUCAACCUCGUUGUAACGCGAUGCGACACGACGCGUCAUAGUUACGUGUCCAUUUCGAGACGUUCUCAUCGCUCGUUCCCGUUUACGAUUUACGUACAUGUACGAUAUAUCGGGCUCCUUCGUUUCCUCGUAUUCGUAAACACACGCACCGCAUUUGGUUCGCUUACGAGACAUUGUACGAUUCGAUGAAACGCGUGCGAAAAUAAUCUUAUCUAUAUUUUCUGGGUCGUGAUUCCUCCGCGAGCCGGUAUUCCCUUCCAUCUGUUCCUUUUUCACUCAACUCUUUGGAUCGCCGUUGGAACCGUUACGAAUUUUAUUCUAUUAUACAUAGAAAGAACGAAACGUUUCGCUCGUAAACGAUCGAAAAACAAUUAGAAACACGCGGUUUCUCUUAAUUAGCGCGAACGAUACGCGUGUUGGUAUAAUCUGGAAUUGAUUGAACGUCUGACUUUAGACGCACGGUCAUCAAACGACCGUUGUGUUUGCAACGAUAACCCCUCGUUCGAUAAAAUCGUCUCCCCGUGACGUUGCUGCGUUAUUAUCCGUUAAAGCUGUAAAAAGUAAAAUGAAAAAAAAAAAAAAGAAAAAAAAGAAAAAGAGGUUGGACGUUAAAGGCAGGCUUUGGUAGUCGGGGUUCUCAGGAGGGGGGGGGGGCUUUUGAUCGAGACUGUACUGGAUGAACUAUGGAAGGGUAUCUGGCGUAGAACUAAUUGUCCAGAAGUAUAGGAUGUUUGGCCGUUUAAGCGCGACGAUACUUUAAGCCGAGUCUUUUUACCGGGAAAAAUGAAGUAUACGCUUGGACCGGUUCUUUUCCCGUUGACGCGUUUUUUCGCGGUUAGGCAAAGUGCAGUCGCAUGGACAAACGUACGGUCGAAGCGAAUCACGGCCAAUACUUUCCCAGGGCGGAAUGUCGGGUCUACGGGCAAGCACAAAAUGGCUGCCAGCAGGAACGAUCGACCGUGCGUGCGUGCGAGGAAGCGAGUCAGGAGAUGUUGUUUCUUCUCCUUUGCCUCUCUCUCCUGUUCCUUCCUACGUAUACACGGGAAUACGCGUACACUACGUGCACACACGUACACGCUCUCUCUUUCUCCCUUUGCCCCCCUUCUCCCUUUACCCUAAUGGUCUCUUGUAUCUUUUCUCGCUUACACUCGUUCGCUUGUACAUACGCGUUCCUUUACCUUUUCCCUUUAACCAUAUAAUAUCUUUUUUCGUUUAGGUUGCAGUAUCACCCCUUUCGCCCUCCACCUUCUCCAUUCUGCUCCUCUCUUCUUUUUCUUUACCUUCUUUUUUAUCGUGUUUCUCGCCGUCUUUUCGCUCGGAUUGUCUCUUUCUCGUAUACGAACAGAGGAUCGGCGUUCGUGUGAGUCGAGUUAUAGCGUAGGCAGAAGCUUGUUUUUUCUUUUUUCGCAGUUUCACCGUCGAAAUCAUCGGAACGAUACUGUUUUUCGUGUCCAUCUUAUUCGAAUCCCGAUACGUAUUUUAUUGACACACGACGUUCACGGUUAAACGAUGAGAAAUUUCUCGUUAUCGUCGACAGGAAUUUGAUAAUCUUUCCGGUGAUACCACGGAUAUCGUUACUCCCCCGAGAAUCCACGACUUACGCGGCCUCGUAUACUUUUUUCCUAUUAUAAACAAUCGUAAACGGCGAACGUCUUUUUUACGAUUUUUAAUGGCAGGAGUAAAGUCGAAGUUCCGAGGCAAUAACAGGCUAGUCGCGAAAGAGAGGUAGUGUGUCGCGUAGCGUGGCAGUGAAACUCCGGUAGAAUCGUGUAGCCAGCCAGCGGUGGCAACACACGACCGCUUGUGGUUCUCGCAACGUUCCACGAUCACCGCAUCGAAAUUAUGCCAGGCAAGGGAAGUACCGUCGCCGUUUUAGCGCCAAGUUGGAAGGGGAAAUCCGGUUACGAGUUAACGCUUGGUAAAAGGACCAAAGGAAGAUUUGUCGAGACCGCCUAAAGAAAGGAUAUACCCGUGGAGCGAAUCGGUGUCGUUAGUGUUCUCGGGCAACAACGACGAGCGGAUACGACGCAAGUGAAACGAAAAAGAAAUAAUAGGAUAGAAUAUAAAAUAAAAUAAAAUAAAAUAAAAGAACACAUCGCGAUAAAAUAAAAUCGCGAUACGAUGCGAGACGCAACGACGACGAGCGACAACUAAUUACGAUGUUGGCGCGAGUGUCAGGUAAAAGAUCGGCGCGAGUGUAAAUUGGUGAUAGUGUUGCGACGGUGAAAAGUGUCGUUCAGAGGACGGAGAAGGAAAAGGAAACGACGGAGGAGGAAGAAGAGGAGGAGGAAGAGGGAACGACGAUAAGGGAACACAGCGUGGCGAAAAGAAGAAGAAGGAGGAGGAAGAGGCGAAGGUGGGGGAGGAGAAGGAGCAGAGAAACGGAGAGAAGAAAAGGUGGGCCCGAUUCUGGAGAUUUCGAGGAAACGAGGAAAAGGGUACGCGAGAUCCUUACGCGAAGGGAAAAGGAAUUCACGGGGUUUGGUACGGUGAUUAUUUGGUACAUAAGAAGGAGAGAGGGUGAGAACGGGGCGCGAAAGGCUGUAUGAGCGAGAGAAUAGUUUGAAGAUACGUAAGAGCGAGAAAAGGAGAAGCGAAGGGGAAAGGAAAAGGGGGAAUUUUCGUAAUAUCGGGAAAUAUCGGUGGAGAGCAGCCGCGAGACGAUAAAAGUGAUGUGUCCGAUGGACGUGGCGCGUGUUGCGGGCGGUGGUCGGGGUAAAACGGACGCGUGUCACGCGUGGUGUAAUUGCUUGAAAUCGGCGAGAACAGGCGGGCAGUCGGUGAUCAGGCUGGCGGGCGCCGGGGAAACGUUUCAAAGGGCAUGGCGACCACGCCACUAGGCGGUCGCCUCCCUAACGUAAACCGCAAAGGACCAUCUCCGUUCGUCGCUGCUAGCGGUGCUGGCAACAACAUCAACUACAGCAACGCUAACGGCACCACCGGAAGUAACAACAACAACAACAACACCAACACCAACAAUUACAACAGCGGUGGUAACAUUGGCGGUGGUAGUAACGGUAAUCACGUUGGCAAAAGCAACAGCACGCAUAGCGAAAGUUGUACUACCAAUAAGAACAACAACAACAACAACAACAACAACAAUAAUAACCAUCACACCAACAACAAUUACGUUAGCCAUCGCAACGGUGGUUACGAGAACGGUAGUAAUAACGAGAAAGUCUGUGGCAAUAACGGUAACGAUAUCGGCAGCAGUGCUAACAACAACAACAACAACAGCAGCACCAGCAACAGCAGCUGCGGCGGCAGACACAACGGCGGCGGACAAGUUGGUAGUAACGUUGGAGGCGGAGGAGGAGGAGGAGGAGGAGGUGGUGGUAGCAGCAGCAGCAGCAGCAGCAGCAGCAGCAGCAGCGGUCACGCGUCGAGAAGCAAGGAACGCGGACUAACGGGAAAGGAUCAUCGUGAUCAUCGUGAUCAUCGUGAUCGUCGUGAUCAUCGCGAUCACCGUGAUAAUCGUGAUAAUCGGCAUCAUCAUCAUCACCACCACCAUCAUCAUCAUCACCACCAUCAUCACCAUCAUCAUCAUCAUCAAGGUCGCGAUAGGUCCUCGUCGUCGUCGUCGUCGUCGUCAUCGGGACAACAGCGCGAGUGUAAAGCAAGCACGGUGGCUGCAAACACCGAUGAGCUGGAUCCGGCCGCGACGAAUGCGACCAACAACUUUGAGUACGACGAUAACGAAUGGGACAUUGGAAUAGGAGAUUUGAUAAUCGAUCUUGAUGCGGACAUUGAGAAGACGAGGGACGAGAAAUUGAGCUCAGGGACAGGCAUGGCUUCAACGCCUGCCUCGGCAGCAUCGGCAACCAAUACCACGAAUCAUCAUCACCAUCACCAUCAUCAUCAUCAGCUGCAAAAUUCCGCAAACGGCUUAGGCUCCUCGAACUUGUCUUCUUCUGUGACGUCAGCUAGUCCAAACGGUUGCGGACAGUCAUCGAACUCAUCGUUGUCCUCGUCGUCGUCGGCGUGCGUAUCUUCGUCCGCGUUGUCCUGCUCCUCGUCGUCUUCGUCGUCGUCGUCGUCGUUGUUAUCCUCGUCGUCGCCUUCGUCGUUGGCGUCGUCCUCGUCGACGUCGUCCGUGUCGUCCGCGUCCUCUUCCUGCGGCCUCAACUCGUCCGGCCGAUCGAACAGCCCCGGCCACGGCCACGGCCACGGCCACGGCCACGCAAGCGGAAACGUAAACGUCGUAAGUAAUAGCGGCGGUAGCAACGGGUCCGGCAACCCGAACGGUUCCUCGACAAUCGUCGUAACGGGUUCGGGCAACAAGCAACAAAGCAACAACGCGGUGGUGAGUGGUGUGAACGCCGCACACGCAGUAAAUACUGGUAAUCCCGGCAAAAUGGCCGUUGAACACUCGGCCACCGUCGACAAAGGCCUGAAAAUGAAGAUCAAACGAACGAAACCGGGCACGAAAAGCAGCGAGGCGAAACACGAGAUCGUGAAAUCGAACGAAAUCAACGGUACGAUGUCGUCGCAAGAGAGCGGAAACGGGGGCGGUUCGGUAUCGUUGACCGGUUCGUCGUCGAACUCGGGGCCCACGGCCGGCGGCUCGUCGGCCGCAUCGGCGCUUGGUCAGAACGCUCAGAACUCGGAAUGUAACGCGAGUGGAAGCGGUGCCGGUGGUGGUGGUGUCGGUGGAAGCGGUGGUGGUGGUGGUGGUAGUGGCGGUGGUGGAGGCGGCGGUGGAGGCGGUGGCGGCGGUACCGGUGGUUGCGGUAUCGGUGCCGGUGGAAACGGUGGCGUCGGUGGUCCCGGAACGGCCACCGGCGGUUCCGCUGGUGCCGGAGGUGUCGGUGGUGGCAGCGGUGCCGGUGGACAGUCGUCUUCCUCCUCGUCCUCGUCGUCCUCGUCGUCGAACAAAUCGAAACCGAGUCAUUCGACGGGUUCCGGCAGCGGGACCGGAGGCACCACUUCCUCGACCGCCGGUUCCAAGAGAGGCUCGAGCGGACAUCGUCGGGACAAGACGCGGGACAAACACGAGAAGCCGCAGAGCAACCACGCGAUCGCGCAACAGAGCAAGUCGGAGAUGAAUGGAAGCGCGAGGCCGAGUAGCGGAAGCGGUGGAGGCGGUGCUGCUGGAGGAGGUGGCGGUGGUGGCGCUGGUGGCGGCAGCGGGAGUGGCGGCGCGGGUGGACAGAGUCAGACAUCGAGCGGUCCGGGUCCGGGACCGGGGCCUGGGCCAGGGCCAGGGAUCGGAAACGGGGCCGGGGCGGCCGCGCAAUCUCAGGGACCGCCGGCGGCCGCGACCGCCCCACAACAAAGUCAGGGACCACCGCCGAGUUCGCGGACCGGCUUUUCCAUAUCUCAGGGGCCUGGUCCACCCACCAGUUCUGCCACGGCACCCUGUCCACCCCCGAGCCCGGCAAGCGCGACCGCCGCCGGUCCUGCUGCCAAGCCUGAGCAAACCAAGCUUGCCUCGGUGCCCGGUACCGGAACUCCGAUCACCACGACGCCCGACGAUGCUAUGGAUACCGCGGCUAGUCCCCCGCCUCCCAAGAAGCUGAAGACUUCCGUAUCCGAACCAAAGGACAUGUCCGACGUAUGCGUCGGCACUAGCGUGGGGACCAUUACCGAACCGGAAUGUUUGGGACCCUGCGAGCCUGGAACAUCGGUGACUCUCGAAGGCAUCGUUUGGCACGAAACCGAAGGAGGUGUGCUGGUGGUGAAUGUGACGUGGCGAGGGAAGACAUACGUGGGUACGUUGCUGGAUUGCACUCGCCACGACUGGGCACCGCCAAGGUUCUGCGACUCGCCAACGAGCGAUCUAGACGCCCGGACGCCAAAGGGGCGCGGCAAACGCGGUCGUGCCGCGGCGAACGCGACACCCGGCAACGACCUGAGCAACUUUACGGAAACUAGGAGUUCGGUGCAUAGCAAAUUACGAAACGGUGGCGCGAAAGGACGUCGCGGUGCGCAAGGUUCACCGGCGGCAAGUCCUAGUCCAGCGGCGUUCGUACCCCCGCGACCGGAUCCAGCUGCGAAGCGGAAAUCUCGCGGUCCCGAAGAAGAGGAUAAGAACAAAAGGCGAGCACCGCCACCGACGCCUCCGAGUGGUUCACCGCCGGCGAGUCCGGUGCUGCUCGAAUGCCCGGAGCCGAACUGCAGCAAAAAGUACAAACACAUCAACGGUCUAAAGUACCACCAGAGUCACGCGCACGGCUCGGCGGACGACGACGAUACGAAAGAAGGAAUCACCAGUAUGUCCGAGAACGACGAGAGCAACAUCGAGGCUCCGAGUCCGGCGACACCGGUGAAAUCGCCGGCCGACAAACCCGAGGGAACUCCACUCAGGCCGGCUAGUCCUCCGACCGGCAACAUGCCCCCAGAAACGCCGCCUCCCCCGCCUCGAGUCGCAUCGCCGAGCAUAGAAUCGCCCGCGCCUGUGUUAACCUCGGACAAGAGCAUCGUGAAGCCAGGUGUACUCAGAUUCGGACAAGACGAUUUGCCCGCGCCCCCUCCCUCGAUACCGACGUCGGCGAGGCAACCGUCGCUACAGCAACAACAGCAACAGCAGCAAUCGUCGAAUCAAUCGUCGUUGACCGGUUCGAAUUCGCCACAAAGUCCGAGCCCUCGACCCAGUCAAUCUCCCAGGUCCGUACCCUCGCCCCAUCCGAGCGUCAAUAUUCCUGCCCCUUUGAAUAUCCCCCAACCGCCGCAACCGUCCCAAAUGUCUCAGCAUCCGCAACAAAAUCCCCUUCUGCAGCCCAGUCCGCAACCGUUGCAGGCCGGUCAACCACCUACGCCGCAACAGCAACAACUUCAAGCGAGUCAACAGUUGCAAUCGUCCGUACAACAACAACAGCAGCAGCAGCAGCAGCAGCAACAACAAUUACCUCCCGCGCAUCAGCUGUCAGUGCAACAUUCGUUGUCCGCGCCACUUGGCCAACCGACGCAAGCUCACGUGGUGCAACAGGCUGGAUUGCAGCAACAAUCGCAACCGACCGGUUUGCAGGGUAUCGCGGGUCAGCAUCCGGGACUUCAGGGUCUGGCCAACCAGGUAUCGCAGCAACAACAGGCUGCCACGCAACCGGGCCAUCCGGGUCAGGGUGUACAGUCGCAUUUGCAGCAGUAUCAAAGCGUGUCGUUGCACGCUAAAAUGCCGCAGUUUAAGGUCAAGCCGACCGCGGCUCUCAUGCCCGAACAGGACAAGAGCAAAGAUCCGAGGUCAUCGAAGCCUCAGGGAUACAAAAAGAAAUCGAGGAAAUCGCCCGGUGGCAGUCCGCAUCCUUCGCCGUUGGAAGCACCGAUCGUCGACGCCGCCAGGGAAGACGUCCAGAGUCCGGCGUACUCGGACAUUUCCGACGACGCGGCGCCCGUUCUCGAAGCGGAACCGGCCGACAAAUCGAAGCAGGGUCAGGAGAAGGACGGGAAAACAAGCACGACCGCGCAUCUGCCAGCUCACUUCAGCAUGUACCCGUACUACGGGCAACCGCCUUACCUGGUGCCGAGCGUUCCGGACAGCAAGCCGAUCGAUCAGAAGCCGAGCGAUUUAACGCCGAAGCAGGAAAUGAAACCGCUCAACAUACCGCAAAUGUCGAGCAUGGCCAGUCUACAGGGUGUCGUUUCGGAAAAGGAGAAGAAGGAGCUGAGUCAGUCGGUGCCACAACCGCAACAGCAGUCGCACUAUUACGGUGGUUACGGUGGUUACAUGCCACCCGGAUAUCCCUAUCAGACAGCGCAGUCCGUAUCGCAACAGCAGCAGCAGCAGCAACAACAACAACAGCAGCAGCAACAGCAGAUACAGGAGCAAGAGAUGCACGAACAGAAAGCAAAGAUCAAACAGGAGCCGCAAUCGCAGCAGCCUAGUUUGAAGGACAAGCAGCACGAAAAUCAUCAGAUACUGAAAGAGAGCAUCGAGAUGAAGAGUCAGAUGAGCCCGUACCACAUGUAUCACCACGGGGGACAGAGUCAAAGGAGCGCACCACCGCCCCCACCACCCGGCCCGAUGCAGGACGACCGAAGGUAUUACCUGUACCCGAGCGAUCAAAGGCGGAAGGAAGAAUCGAGCAAACAGAGUCAACAAGCGAAGGCACCGCCGCCGAGUCCGAAGCAUCAACCGAAACAGGAAAAGCCGCAAGAUUUAGGGAAAAACGAGGACUCGAAGAACAAACAGGAAGGGGUUAAGCCAACGAUGGAGACGCAAGGACCUCCUCCGCCUCCUACUUCGCAAUACGCUUACAUACAUCCGGGUUACAUGCAACCGCAACAUUACGGCGCGUUGCCGUUCGACCCAGGUCAUCCGGUUUAUCGAGGACUCAGCCCGAUGUUGGUCCCGGGACCGUACUCCGGUAAUCCGUACCUGCAUCAGUUACCGAGGUAUCACGCGCCGGAGGAUCUGAGCAGGCCACCGGGCGGCAAAGCACUCGACUUGCUUCAGCAGCACGCGCAACAGUAUUAUUCGGCGCACAAGAUACACGAACUUCAAGAGCGUGCGCUCAAAUCCCCGACCCCGAAAACGUCCGCGGCUUCGGCGAGUCCCUCGUCGGCGGGGCCGACGCCGUCACGACCGCCGAGCGGGCCGCCUAGUUCGGUCGCGGGACCGGGUCCACCGCAGCCUCAGAACCAACAACCGACAGCGAAGCAACAGAAUCAACCGGGGGGGCAGCAAUCGCAGCAACAACAAGCGCCCGUCGACGCUGGGACCGGUACCUUGGCGAAAGACAAUAGAUCACCCCCGCCCCAACGACACGUGCACACCCACCAUCACACGCACGUGGGCCUAGGUUACCCUCUUUUGACCGGACAAUACCCCGCCCCUUACGGAGCGGCAAUGCUGGCGAGUCAGCAGGCCGCCGCGGUAGCCGCAUCGGUGAUCUCGCCAUUCCCGCCCAAGUGACCCGCGGCCCCCGGUCCCGUACUAGCUGCCGGAACAACCGGACCCACCUCCGCACAAAAUCAUCAUACGCCUCAUCAUCCACCACCAGUCAGCGGUACGACCGCCGCGGGACAUCCACACUCUGCCUCCGCUGGCAGGCAACCUUAGGAUCGCCUCGACCGAGAGUACAGAUAAAUUCGUCGCUGCUACCUCUUCUUCGAUAUCGGUCUCGCAUGCUCGCCGCUCUCCAUCAGCUUGUACACCACACCGGUUCGCCAGUCUGCCAAACAGCCUAUCGUCCUCGUAUACCGGCCUCUUACCGGAUCUUUUGUCGACACCGGCAUCGUCAUCCUCGCGAUUUCUCACCCAUCUUCGUCGUACCUCUCGGAUCACCGUCGAUCCUGUCGUUUCGUAUGUGCCUCGUGUUCCGAGAGAACAGCGCUGUUUCGCAUCGACCCGAAACGAACCGAGUCGAAAAGACUGCUUGCCUACCGAGAUUGCUGUGUUCUUUCUUUUCUAAUAAAAGAAUCAACUUUCCGACGAUGAUAGUAACAGUGAUGGUGACGGUGACGGUGAACAUAGAGAUAAAGCGAAUCGCGAAUGCGGCCCCGAGAACGUUUAUCGAUAUCAAAGUAAAAAGUAGCAUUCGAAUAGAGGUGGUAGAUGCGUAAGAACGUUGCGGCUAUUCCAAGGAUGAUGGUUUCGCGUCGGUUCGUUGAAAUUCGGACCGAUGCUGCCUGUGGGAUAAGGAAGAAAUUUGUACAUCCGCCGAUUCGCAGACAAACGGAAAACGAUUCCGUGCAAGACGUAACGAACCGACUGUUCGAACGAAUUCCACAAACGGACGAGCUGCAUACCCGAGAUCUCGUUACGUUAGACUGACUGAUCCUCACUGAAUGGUGGUUGAGGGAGAGGAGGAGAGACGAUCGUAGUAAAAUUCCUCGUACCGCGAACCUUAUAGUAGGAAAAUAUACGAAGCUUCGACGUAACCGCGAACCAAUUCGAUUUUUCUUCGAUGCGAGAGAGCGUGCCUCAAGCCGAUGACUUCGCGCACUCGUCUAGUAUCGAAUCGAGGCAACAUUUUUAUUAUUGCACUUAGAAGAGAACGUAGAAGAGCGUGUGCGAAUGUUUAAAAAAGAAAACAAAAAGGAAAAUUCACGCGCGCCUGUAAGCGUGCGUAUCGCGUAUUUCGCGCCACUCGAUACGUAUUUAUACGACGUAUGGGAAUACGUUCGAUCGAGAACGUUGUGUAUAACGGUAAAAUAAUAGAUCGUUGUAUUUUAUUGUAUAAAAAAAAAGAUUGCUAAUCCGCAGACACAUUUUUCUAGAAAAAAAAAAAAAAAAAUUCUAUUAAUUCGCGAACGACACGAUUCUUAGACGAUUUGAUUACCGAUUAUUAUCGAUUAAGAAGUAUAUAAUGUCGGUGACGAUAUCAAAAAGUAAAAAAGAAAAAAAAUGGAAAAAAGAAGAGAAACACGAUGAUACAUGUCGCGUAAGGUCGUGUACGAACGAUAAAAUGAAAUAAGGAUUCUAAAUAACGAUAACGCGGCGGUAAGUGAUGAUUGUACAUUGAAUACGCUAGAAUGCUAUUUGUUUACUAAAAUAACAGUAGUUAAUGUGGUGCGAAUUUUAGUAAAGUGUGAGCGAAAGUGUAAUUUUUGUGCGCUUGUACGUAUGUGUGUGCUUGUACGCGUGGAUCGAGCGGGAUAUAAUGUGUGCAUGAAAAAGAGAGAAGCAAAUGAAACAGAUAAGACUAAUUAACGAAAAAAAAAAAAAAGAGGGAAAAGCUACUAGGAUAUACAUACAUAUGCGCCACGGUGAUACAUACACGCAUAGUAUCCUGGCGAUUACCUAACGUUAGUUCAGUAACGAUUAUUAUCAUUGUAUCUUUUAUUACGAUUAUUCAUUAAUAAUUAUCGGUUCCAUUAUUUUAUCAUCGCGUCGUCGCUAAGAGAGAUGAAAGCGUUGUACGAACGAUUGGUAAAACGCGUUGCCAAGAAUCGGGAAAAUAGUUUUAUCGUGCCGUGCAUAGUGUUGCAAAAUGCCAAAUAAAGUAAAAGAGAGCAAGGCGUGUUUUUUAAUUCGAACAUAAUAAAAUGGCGAUAUUCGUUUAGCCGAAAUUGGCGGUGAAACGGCAGACAACCGUCGUCUCAGUUUUAAUGAGGCGCACUCGGAAAUAAGGAGAUUCGGGCGGGCUUUAUAAUAAAUGCUGGUGCUGUGCUGUGAUUUUUAUAAAAACAAACAAGAAAAGUGGUCAGAAAAAAAAAAAAACGAGAAAAAGAUGAGGGA